AUGUUUGAAUCUGUUAUUUUGAUUGGUCCUGGAACAAAUCUUUUUCCAAUUGUUAAUUCGUCUCUAAAAGCUACAAAUCUGCCAAUUUUAAAUAUUGAACUUUUACUUAUAAAUAUUCAAUUCUUAGAACCAGUUAGUUCUAAAAUAUACAUUGUUAUUCUUAAAGAAGAUGUAGAUAAUAUAAGACAUGUUGUUAAAAACAUUACUACUCCUUUAGAAAUAAUAGGAAUUGAUUUUUACGAUGGAACGGUAACACAACUUCAUAAACUUCAACAAAAAAUAAAUUCAGAAAAUAUUAUUGUCACUAAAGGCAAUUUGGUUACUAACAUUGAUAUUAAAACUAUAGCUAAUGAAUAUUUGGAUAAUAAUGAUCUUUUUAUGACUAUUUUAACAAAUAAUCAGGAAAACACUGUAUGUGGCAUUAAAGGAAAUGAAUUAAUACAUUACAGUGAUUUUGAUGAUUUGAAUAUUUCAAAAGAUAUUUUGAUAAAAAACAGAUUUGUAAUGACUCUUGAAAAGCAUCCUUUGCAAUUUUAUAUGUUUAAAAAAGAUAUAUUAAAAUACAUAACUUCAGAUAUGUUUAGUUUUAGAUCAAACUUCCUGCCUGCUAUAGUCAAAACACUAUGUAACAUUAAUCCUGUUAAAAUUUUCGAUCCUAUGAAUACUUACAUAUAUCAAAUUAGAGAUGUUGAAUCUUACAUUUUUACAAUUAAAAAACUCAAAUCAAUAAAACACAAUGAAAAUGGUGAUGCUAUUUGUUCUUAUGAUAAAAUAAAUUUAUGUAAACAAUACAUUAAGAAAAAAAAUAUUAAAGAUACAAAAAACAUUUUAGGUACAUCUUUAUUUAUAGAUAGUGGGUUUAUUAUUGACAGCGUUAUUGGAAAUAAUGUAACAAUUAAUGAAGGUUCUUAUGUUGUUUCUUCUAUUUUGAUGAAUAAUAUAAUAAUUGGAAAAAAUUGUCACAUUGAAGAAUGUUUGAUAGGAAAUAAUGUUACGAUUCCAGAUAAUACUACUUUGAUAAAAUGUAAUGUAUCUCCUGCAUACAUUUUUAGUACCAAUGUAAAUGCAAAGAACAAUAUUUUUACUUGUUCAUAA